AUGGAUGGGAUAAGUUUUCUGCUAGUACUCUCCACUGCGAUGUUCCUUGGCAGUUAUAUAGCCGGUUCGAUACCACUCAUGUUCAGUUUAUCAGAAGGCCGGAUACGAUUAGUGAGUAUAUUCGGCGCUGGUUUGCUCGUUGGAACUGCACUUUCUGUCAUAAUCCCGGAAGGCGUCGAAGCAUUAUAUGGAGCUCAAUGUGCUGCCGGUGGUCAUCAGCAUCAUCACGAACACCCAAAUCGAGUUGUCUCAAACGUCGGAGCGAUUGUAAAUCCAGCUGAGGCGAAGCAGAUUCUCGAAAAUGCAAAAGACAAAGAAGAUAAUCUCCCGCGAAUAAUUCCGAAAGAUGCAGUAUUGAAUGAGGCUAUCGGAAGAGUUGUUCGCUCGCCAACCGAGGAAACCGCUGAAAAUCGAACGAAACGAGAUGUGAUAAUAGAAAAUCAUUCGAUAAAUGAGGAAAAUGAAAAAGACAACCAAGAAGAGCAUUCGCAUGGUCAUGGAAAUGUACAUUCCCAAAUUGGAUACUCGUUAGUACUUGGUUUCGUGUUGAUGUUGCUCGUCGAUCAAAUCGGGAGUGCGACAGUAGCAAGAAAUGACCGAUCUGGACGGAGUCGAAUCGGAAUUUCAGCAACUAUUGGAUUAGUUGUUCAUGCAGCCGCUGAUGGUGUCGCUCUUGGAAGUGCAUCAGUAAUCAACAAAUCCGACGUCCAACUCAUCGUUUUUGUCGCCAUCAUGCUUCACAAAGCACCAGCCGCGUUUGGCCUCGUCUCAUUUCUUCUCAUGGAAUCAAUUGAUCGGCGAGCGAUACGCAAACAUCUCGUUGUGUUUUCAGCUGCUGCUCCCGCUGCCGCACUCAUAACAUUUGUUAUUAUUAUGCAGAUGGGCGAGUCAAUGCGAUCAGAAUCGUCGACAGGUGUGCUGAUGCUCUUCUCAGCUGGCACGUUCCUCUACGUGGCUACAGUGCACGUGCUUCCAGAAUUGGCAAACAACAAGCAAACAGAAUACUCGCUCGUUGUUGAUGCGACGUCACCAUCUUCAAUAGGUCAUUCUCACUCGGCGGGACCCAGCUACACCGUCAAAGAACUACUAUUGAUAAUUAGUGGAGCUAUUGUUCCAGCAAUAUUAGCAUCUGGACAUUCUCAUUAA